AUGGCUCGUACUAAGCAGACCGCGCGGAAAUCUACCGGAGGGAAGGCACCUCGCAAACAGCUCGCUACGAAGGCCGCCCGCAAGAGCGCGCCGGCUACCGGCGGCGUGAAGAAGCCUCACCGCUACCGGCCUGGCACCGUGGCCCUGCGGGAGAUCCGCCGCUACCAGAAGUCCACCGAGCUGCUGAUCCGCAAACUGCCCUUCCAGCGGCUGGUGCGCGAGAUCGCCCAGGACUUCAAGACCGACCUGCGCUUCCAGAGCUCGGCCGUGAUGGCCUUGCAGGAGGCCAGCGAAGCCUACCUGGUCGGGCUGUUUGAGGACACCAAUCUGUGCGCCAUCCAUGCCAAGCGGGUGACCAUAAUGCCCAAGGACAUCCAGCUGGCUCGCCGCAUCCGCGGGGAGAGGGCAAGUCAUCUUUUGAAUAUGUCUGGCCGUGGAAAGCAAGGAGGCAAAGCCCGUGCCAAGGCUAAGACCCGAUCGUCCCGCGCCGGACUCCAGUUCCCGGUUGGUCGUGUGCAUCGUCUUCUUCGCAAGGGGAAUUACUCCGAGCGAGUGGGAGCUGGAGCGCCUGUGUACUUGGCUGCCGUGUUGGAAUAUCUCACUGCUGAGAUCCUGGAGUUAGCUGGUAAUGCCGCCCGCGACAACAAGAAAACGCGUAUUAUUCCGCGUCAUCUUCAGCUGGCUAUCCGCAACGAUGAAGAGCUCAACAAACUGCUGGGGAAAGUCACUAUCGCCCAGGGUGGAGUGCUGCCCAACAUCCAGGCCGUGCUGCUGCCGAAGAAGACCGAGAGUCACCACAAGGCUAAGGGGUACAAGAUGCUGAAGCCGGUCUAUCCUGACAUGGGCAUCUCAUACAAAGCCAUGGGCCUCAUGAACUCAUUUGCCAAAGACAUCAUCACUGGCGAGAUGUCCUGCCUGUCACGUUACAGGAAGCAAUCCAUUGUCAUGUUCCAGGAGAUCCAGACAGCCGUGUGCCUGCUGCUGCCAGGGGAGCUGGCCAAGCACACCAGCUUCAAGUAUCUUGUUGUCUUCGGAAUGGCUCGUACUAAGCAAACUGCCCGCAAGUCUACUGGCGGUAAGGCGCCCCGUAAGCAGCUCGCUACGAAGGCUGCCCGCAAGAGCGCGCCGGCUACCGGUGGUGUGAAGAAGCCUCACCGCUACCGGCCCGGCACCGUGGCUCUGCGGGAGAUCCGCCGCUACCAGAAGUCCACCGAGCUGCUGAUCCGCAAACUGCCUUUCCAGCGGCUGGUGCGCGAGAUCGCCCAGGACUUCAAGACCGACCUGCGCUUCCAGAGCUCGGCCGUGAUGGCCUUGCAGGAGGCCAGCGAAGCCUACCUGGUCGGGCUGUUUGAGGACACCAACCUGUGCGCCAUCCACGCCAAGCGCGUGACCAUCAUGCCCAAAGACAUCCAGCUGGCUCGCCGCAUACGCGGAGAGAGGGCUUAA